AUGAGCAGGUUUAGUGCAGCCGCUCUGGAGAGAAAAAAAUCAUUUGAAGAUUCUAAACAAAGUUCUGCUGUCUAUCGAUUCAAUAUUUUAAUAAAUCCUUCUGAUGUUGUUGAAUUAGAUGCCGAACUUGGAAAUCACAUUUUACAUCAGCCUUUACAAGCUGCUCGAGUUUUUCAAUCAGUCUGUUUUAUUGCUGUUAAGACUCUCUCAUUAAUUGGACAAUUACAAACAGAAACUCAAAUUAAUAUUGUGCUGAAGUUAACACAUUUACCUGCUCUGCCAAGUUAUGCUCUUGAUCUUAGUGACUUUCCACUUGAUUAUACAUCUCAGAGAUUUUAUAUGCUACAAGGAAUUGUGAUUGCAAUGAUGACUGUAACUAAGUAUACACAAGGUGCAAGGUUCCUUUGUACAGAUGAAGCAUGCCCCCUUUCAAAAGGAUUUCAGUAUAUAAGAGUGCUUGUGCCUGGUGCUACAGAAUCUGCAACAGUAAGAAAUGACUUUUUGUGUAAUCUCUGUGCAUCUUCACUUCAAGAAGACAGAAAAUUUAGAGUAGUUGGUGAUAAACAGAUAGUUGAAAUAAUUACCACAGAGGCACUUCAGGCUUAUCGAGGAUAUUCUAACAACCAGCCAUUUAGAUUCCAGUCAAAUACAAUUUUCCUAAGAGUUUUUGGCCGGGGCCGGGUUUGAACCAGCACCUCUGGUAGAUGGGUCCGGUGCCCUACUCCUUUGAGCCACAGGCACUGCCAGAGAAUAAUUGGCUCUGUAAAAUUUGGAUUCAUUGAAAAAGUUGCAUACAAGGAUCAAGAAGGCCACAGGUUUCCCACCACAUGAACAUACAUGUGUGUGUAUAGAACCCUUAAUCGUGCUAAAUCACAUUGAUUUUAUUAGUUCUGGUAAGAAUACUGUUCAAGAAAGGCUCGUGUGACCAACUCCGGAAUCCUGAUUCCUGCUCUUUUCUGCUUUACCAUUAGUGAGCAGGUCAUGCUGCAAAGUUCCCAUGUGCUUUCAGCUUUCUCGCAGCAUCUUUCUUUAGCUGAGAUUGAGAAAAGUGAUUUAAAUGUCUAGAUAUUUAUGCUGAGCGUGGUGGCUCACACCUGUAAUCACAGCACUCUGGGAGGCCAAGGUGGGUGGAUUGCUUGAUCUCAUGAGUUGGAGAAUAGCCUGAGAAGGAUCAAGACUCCAUCUCUACUAGAAAUAGAAAAAUUAGCCAGGUGUCCUGGCAGGCGCCUGUAAUCUCAGCUACUAGGGAGGCUGAGGUAGGAGGAUAGCUUAAGCCCCAGUUUAAGGUUGCUGUGACCUAUGACACUAUAGCCCUCUACCCAGGGUGAUAGAGUGUGAUC